AGUGACAUCACUGCGUCCUCCGUUGCUAGGUUAUUCUCGUAAGCAACAUCUCCUGUUUCUGAGACACACCCUGUUAAACAUCUACAUUAAUCUUCAGGUACUCUACUAUUUCUUUGUGAGUUAUUAUUUUUUUUAAUCAUAAGGACAUGUUUAGCUGGAGUUUGACCGUCUUGGGCGUUGUCGUCACCGGUUCACGUCGUCGAAAUCGAUAAUUGCAGCCAGGUUAGCUAACUAAAACGGAGGCUGUGUAUGCUAGCUAUAGCAGCUUCAGCUAACUGUGAUGCAUAACUUGGCUGUAAAGCUGUAACGACAGUCGGAUGAGACUGCAUCCCUAACCGGAUGAUGGCCGCCCAGCCUCUGCAGCAAUCCCGGGAGGAUUCAGCAACCUGCUAACGGAGCAAAUGCUGAUGACUGGCUGUUUCCUGCUACUGAUUUGCAGGCACCAUGGCUGGGAAGGUGAAGUGGGUGACAGACAUAGAGAAAUCAGUGCUCAUCAAUAACUUUGAAAAAAGGGAAUGGGUCCAAGUGACUGAAAACGAGGACUGGAAUUUCUACUGGAUGAGCAUCCAGACCAUCAGGAAUGUGUUCAGCGUGGACACCGGCUACCGGCUCUCAGAUGAACAGUUAGUGAAUCACUUUCCCAACCACUACGAGCUGACCCGGAAGGACCUGAUGAUCAAGAACAUCAAGCGGUACCGCAAGGAGUUGGAAAAGGAAGGCAGUCCGCUUGCAGAGAAGGACGAGAACGGCAAAUACAUUUAUCUGGAUUUUGUUCCUGUGACGUUCAUGCUCCCUGCGGAUUACAAUUUGUUUGUGGAGGAGUUUCGCAAGAAUCCCUCCAGCACCUGGAUCAUGAAGCCCUGUGGUAAAGCCCAGGGGAAAGGCAUCUUCCUCAUCAACAAGCUGUCGCAGAUUAAAAAGUGGUCACGAGACAGCCGCACCUCCACGUUUGUUGCAGCAUCCAGCGGGAAAGAGGCUUAUGUCAUCUCUCUGUACAUCGACAAUCCUCUGCUGAUAGGAGGGAAGAAAUUUGACUUGCGGCUUUAUGUUCUGGUAACGACAUAUCGGCCUCUAAAGUGCUACAUGUACAAGUUGGGCUUCUGCCGGUUCUGCACAGUGAAGUACACCCCCAGCACCAGUGAGCUGGACAACAUGUUUGUGCACCUCACUAAUGUGGCCAUCCAAAAACACGGGGAUGAUUACAACCAUGUUCAUGGAGGAAAGUGGACCGUCAGUAAUCUUCGCUUGUACUUGGAGAGCACCCGAGGGAAGGAGGUGACUAACCGGCUGUUUGACCAGAUCCACUGGAUCCUGGUUCAGUCACUGAAAGCCGUUGCA